GAGAGAGAGAAACAACACCCAACAACUAGGAGGGGGGAAGAAGAAAGAAAGCAAAGAAACCCACCCACCCAAGGAAAAAAAAAAUCCUGUGGCGUGCCGCCUGGUUCCUGGGAAGACUCGCCAGCACCAGGGGGUGGGGGAGUGCGAGCUGAGAGCUGCUGGAGAGUGAGCAGCCCUAGCAGGGAUGGACAUGAUGCUGUUGGUGCAGGGUGCUUGUUGCUCGAACCAGUGGCUGGCGGCGGUGCUCCUCAGCCUGUGCUGCCUGCUGCCCUCCUGCCUCCCGGCUGGACAGAGUGUGGACUUCCCCUGGGCGGCCGUGGACAACAUGAUGGUCAGAAAAGGGGACACGGCGGUGCUUAGGUGUUAUUUGGAAGAUGGAGCUUCAAAGGGUGCCUGGCUGAACCGGUCAAGUAUUAUUUUUGCGGGAGGUGAUAAGUGGUCAGUGGAUCCUCGAGUUUCAAUUUCAACAUUGAAUAAGAGGGACUACAGCCUCCAGAUACAGAAUGUAGAUGUGACAGAUGAUGGCCCAUACACGUGUUCUGUGCAGACUCAGCACACGCCGAGAACAAUGCAGGUGCAUCUAACUGUGCAAGUUCCUCCGAAGAUAUAUGACAUCUCAAGUGAUAUGACCAUCAAUGAAGGAACCAAUGUCACUCUCACUUGUUUGGCCACUGGGAAACCAGAGCCUUCCAUUUCCUGGCGCCACAUCUCCCCAUCAGCAAAACCAUUUGAAAACGGACAAUAUUUGGACAUUUAUGGAAUCACCCGGGACCAGGCUGGGGAAUAUGAAUGCAGUGCAGAAAAUGAUGUGUCAUUCCCAGAUGUGAAAAAAGUGAAAGUUGUCGUAAACUUUGCUCCUACGAUUCAGGAAAUUAAAUCUGGCACUGUGACCCCCGGACGCAGUGGAUUGAUAAGAUGUGAAGGUGCAGGUGUGCCGCCUCCAGCCUUUGAAUGGUACAAAGGAGAGAAGAAACUCUUCAAUGGCCAACAAGGAAUUAUUAUUCAGAAUUUUAGCACAAGAUCCAUUCUCACUGUUACCAAUGUGACACAGGAGCACUUCGGCAACUAUACUUGUGUGGCCGCCAACAAGCUGGGCACUACUAACGCGAGCCUGCCUCUCAAUCCUCCAAGUACAGCCCAGUAUGGAAUUACCGGAAGCGCUGAUGUUAUUCUCUCCUGCUGGUACCUUGUGUUGACACUGUCUUCUUUCACCAGCAUAUUCUACCUGAAGAAUGCCAUUCUACAAUAAAUUUAAAGACCCAUAAAAGGCUUUUAAGGAUUCUCUGAAAGUGCUGAUGGCUGGAUCCAAUCUGGUACAGUUUGUUAAAAGCAGCGUGGGAUAUAAUCAGCAGUGCUUACAUGGGGAUGAUCGCCUUCUGUGGAGUUGCUCAUUAUGUAAAUACUUUAAUUCUACUCUUUUUUGAUUAGCUACAUUACCUUGUGAAGCAGUACACAUUGUCCUUUUUUUUUUAAGACGUGAAAGCUCUGAAAUUACUUUUAGAGGAUAUUAAUUGUGAUUUCAUGUUUGUAAUCUAUGACUUUUCAAAAGCAUUCAGUCAUGGUCUGCUAGGUUGCAGGCUGUAGUUUACAAAACCGAAUAUUGCAGUGAAUAUGUGAUUCCUUAAAGCUGCAAUACAAGCAUUCAGUUCCCUGUUUCAGUAAGAAUCACUCCACAUUUACAAAGAUGCACUUUUUUCCUUUUUGAUAAAAAAGCAAAUAAUAAUGCCUUCAAAUCAUUUCUUCAAAAUAUAACACAUAUCUAGAUUUUUCUGCUCGCAUGAUAUUCAGGUUUCAGGAAUGAGCCUUGUACUAUAACUGGCUGUGCAGCUCUGCUUCUAUUUCCUAUAAGUUCAGCAUGGGUGUGCCUUCAUGAAGUAAUAUUUUCUCUGUUUUGCUAAACAUUACAAUUUGAAAGCAAAAAUAAACUGCAGUGACAAAGUUAAAUGACACUUCUGAAGAAGGAAGGCACUUGGGACCUUAAAAUCUCUUCCUUCAUUAUCAGUGAUGUUUAAGAUUUUCCUCCAGUUUUUGUAAUGAAAAAAACAGCAUAAUAACAUGGUACACUAAACAUACCAAAUGAUUAGUUGCAGAUAAAUAUUAAAUCUAUUGUGGGGAAUAAUUCAUUAUAAAAUGACAGCACAGUCCACUCAAGGAAUUGCAUAGCAAUACAGCAUCUUUCUUUUCACUACUCUGAACCAAAAUUUAAGCUGGUUUGUCAAAAAAUACCCAAAAUUCUGUUGCCUAUUAUAAGUAAGUUGAAAAGCACUCAAAAUUUAUGUGAUUCUGUGUCAAUGUUACAGAGAUAGUGCUCCUGUGCACUUGAGCAUUUUGCAUAUUUUCUCUCUGAAAACAUUAUUCAGUUGAUAGUCUGGAAUCCAGGUUAUAUUUGUAAAAUACCACCUAUAAAAGUAUUCUAUAUUGAAAUGCAGCAGAUCAAUCCUUAAAAUAUCCAACUCCUCAACAAAAUCCUUAUAGCUAUUU